AUGAUUCUGCAUAUGUCGCUUGUGGUAUUAACCUUUUUAUUAGUGAUACUAUACCACUCUAUUAGAAAGAACACACGACGAUGGAAGAACCUAAGCAAAUUUCCUGGAAAUCCACCUUUACCAUUAAUAGGAAAUGCUUUAGAAAUUGGAUUUGAUGCCGAUGAGGCAUCCUCCAAGCUAAUGGAUAUGUGGAGAAAAUAUGGAAAAGGCAAUUUCCGCUUGACAUUUGGAUCUGAAGAAUGGGUGCUGUUAACUGAUGCUGAUGAUGUCAAGAUAAUUUUAAGCCAUCCUACAGAAAUUGGAAAACCGGUGGAAAGGAAUGCAGCAAUGAAGCCGUUUUUUGGAAAUUCUGUGUCAACAUCAGAAGGUGAAAGAUGGCGAUCCACCCGCAAACUGAUGUCUCCAAGUUUUUCAUAUAAAACAUUAGCAAACAGAAUAGAUGUUGUAAAUAUUUAUUGCGAACGUCUUUUCGAUAUAUUUGAUGAUUAUGUGGACAAAGGAAGCGUAGAUAUGUAUCGCUAUUUGCGACCUUUUAUGUUUGAUAUUUUAUGUAAUUCAUUAAUGGGAGUUAAUUUAAAUCUUCUCCAUAAUCCGGAUCAUCAUUACUUACAAGCUAGUGCAAAAGUUAUUAAAAUCGUCACUGUUAAUUAUUUCUCGUAUUGGAGAAAUAUUCGCCCAUUAUUUGUAUUAACCUCGUAUUAUAGGGAAAUGAUGGCUACCAUUAAGACUCUUCGGGAUACAAGCACAGAUGUAAAGUUCAUGAAAUAUGUUAUGUAUACUUAA